AUGGAUGAACUUUAAAGAGCAAUAUCUAGCAAUUCCUUCGUAUCAUUGCAAGUUGUUGAUGAAAAAGAAAAUAAUUACAAAAGUAUAGUGCAUAAAAAGUCUAUCAGUAAAAUCAAGGAAGCAUCCUCAAAUAGUAGAUCUCCAACUUACUCAAAUUACAAAAAGUAAAGAGUAAAGAAAGUUAGCAUGAACUAGGCUGAACUAAUAUCACCUAUUAGAGAAAAACAAAAACUAAUAUUAUCAAGAGAUUCGAUCAAUACUCUAGAAACACCUCAUUCAGUAAAUAAGAAACUUAGUAAUUCGAAAAAUGUUGUCAGAGUUGAUAUUCAAAUAAGAUCACAAUCUUUAUUCCAAUCAAGAAGGCAAUCUAGAUAAUUUAAAUAGCUAAAACUGUCUAACGCAGGCAUAAAUAGUUAGCCAUUUAAUGUGGUUGAUUAACAGGUUAGCACUGUCAAAACUAUUCAUAACUCUAAAACCACUAAUAACUAGAUCAAUUUAAACUUAAACAAGAUAAAGCCUGUUAAAGAUGAUUCUUUGACUGGAAAUAAUUUUAUCACAUACAAGCAAAAUAAAGAUCUUGCAUUAGAUUUAAGUCCAGCUUCAGUAAUAAUAUUAGAUAAGACCAUAUAAAAUGAGAGAAUAGAUGUUCAUAUCCCUAAUUAAAUCCCUUAGACAACUAUGAAUAACAAUAAUAAAAAGAGUCUGUUUAAUUGUGCUGACAGUAAUGAUAUGAGUAAGACAGAAAAAAGUCUUUUAGAGGAAUUCAAGAAAUUUUUAUAAAUAUAGUAGGAAAAGCAAGCUUUCGAAAACAAAUAUGAUAGAUAGUCAAGAGAUUGUCUGUCCUCAGAUGGAAGACCCCCACGAGCUCUAAGCAAUAAUGAACGGUCAAGAUCAAUUAAUAGAACAUCAAGUAUGAAACACUGUCUUAAUUGUGUUUAACUGCUUUCUAGAGGACUUUCAACAGCUUUUUGCAAAGAACAUCAAUAUGCAAGAAGCAAAAUUAUGAAAUCUUAAAAAUAAAAUUGA